ACAGCCCAGAGCUCCAGCACAGGAGAGGUAGAGUUCACCUACAGCCCAGAGCUCCAGGAGAGGCAGAGCUCACCUACAGCCCAGAGCUCCAGCACAGGAGAGGCAGAGCUCACCUACAGCCCAGAGCUCCAGGACAGGAGAGGCAGAGCUCACCUACAGCCCAGAGCUCCAGGACAGGAGUGACAGAGUUCACCUACAGCCCAGAGCUCCAGGACAGGAGAGGCAGAGCUCACCUACAGCCCAGAGCUCCAGCACAGAGGAGGGAGAGCUCACCUACAGCCCAGAGCUCCAGCUGACAGGAGAAACCAUAACAUGAAAGGAGGUUCCUAGAUCCGGAGACAUCGAAAGAGGAAAAAGGAUAAAUUACUCAGAAAAAAAAAUCCACCAGACCAUUGAAAGGAGGAAUGAAACGCACGGACUGCCUGACUUGAAAGAGUUGGGGAGUUUUUCGGACACACAGAAUUGGUCCCCGUAUAAGGAACUUUGCCCAGUCCACUCUUCAAGACUGCUUUUAAACAUUCCAUUCUGACUGUCAUUGUGACUGAUUCUAAACAGGAUUACCCUCCCCAGGAAUAUUUGUUUUAGCAUGGUGUGUAUAUUGCACUAUUUAUUUUAACAAGUCAUAGAUACACAAAGGAAGAUUCGGCUAAUAUUUCUGCUAAUGCACUUCCUAUGAUGUACAUGAAUGAGCUACAUUUGAGUGCACACACAGUUUGAAUUGUAUUGUGAUUCUUGCUUUGGACUGACUGUCCCAUGGAAAAGAUUGCCUGUGCCUUUAAAUUCAAUGACUGAAUAGGCUGUCACGGUAACUCUGUGGGAAGAAGGUGAGUCAGCCCAAUUUCCGCCUGGAGAGUCACAUCGGUAACACCAAAAGGGUCACACUGUCACCUACCAGCCUCUGGGACUUGGCUGUCGCCGCCUUUACAACUGGCCAUUGAGAAACAGCAGCUGGGAGACAGGAACAUGCUGCUUUCUUCUGCAGGGGAUAUCAUGCUGCUGAUCUUAGGAUUUCUGUUUGCUGCUUGUCACGCCUUGGAAAACACAACAUCCAUACACAGUGCAGAUCCUCCAGUUGCAGCUGCAGUUGUAUCUCAUUUUAACGACUGCCCAGAUUCCCACACGGAUUUCUGCUUCCACGGGAGCUGCAGGUUUUUAAUCCAGGAGGCAGUCCCAGCCUGUGUCUGCCUGCCGGGCUAUGUGGGCACACGCUGUGAGCAUGCUGAUCUACUAGCAGUUGUGGCAGAAAAUCAGAAAAAACAAACAAUCACAGCACUUGUGGUGGUAUCGGUGGUAGCAACAGCAGUCCUUGUUUUGGCCUGUGUUUUAAUACACUGCUGCAGGUUUAGAAAACAGUGUGAGUGGUGUCGAGCACUGUUCUGCAGACAUGAAAAACCAGGAUUUCUUAAAGGAGGAGCAUCCUGCUGCAAAACAGAGACUGUGGUCUGAAAGAGCACAGCAGGUCAGCAUGGCAAUUCCCAGCACUUCAGCUGCAGAGCAAAUUCUCAGAGCAUCAUAAGCACAAUAGGCCCUAUAACUUUCUACUCGGUUCUUUCUCUGAAUCUGGGCCACGUUUUCUGAACGGGGGACACACUACUGUCCGUGCAGAAGUGAAAAUGUUUUUGAAUGUGUCAUGCGCAAUAUGAAGCAGAGGAGAAAAGAGAAGGACUUAACUUCACUGUGGAAUGUACAAUCUAAUGAGAUUUCAAAGUCUCUGUAAGGGAAUACAGAGUAUGUCCAGGAUACAAAAGACAACGAUAACCAGACAAAUCUGUGUCGGGAAUAUUUUGUUACAGGAGCAUUGUCAUUGAGUUAGAUCUUAAACUUUCACUGCCCCAGAGGUCCACAUCACAUUGUAAAUUGACUUGUUGCAGGACUGGCAAGCAGUGAAGGGGUUAAUAAAUAUAUAUAUGCAUAUACAUAUUAUUUUUAUUUUUGAGACCGAAAAAAAUUAAGUGUUGAUUGUAAUGGACCAUUAUAAUAUAUACCAUGCUGCUAGCAUUUCAGUAUAUAUAAAUAUAUACACAGACAGCCUGGUAUUCAUAGCCAAGGAAAUCAUUUUCACCAUCCGGCCAUGACAAGGAGAAUUUUUAUUUUGCAUUUUGAUUUGUUUGUUUCUAGCCACAAAAUUACCUGUACAGUGCAUUAGUGUUAAUGUUAUUAUACUUUACCUAAAGUCCAGUAACAGACAGACUACACAGUAACAAUUACAAUACUUAAUUAUAAUUUAUUUGCCUGCUCCCUACACCACAACCAUUU